UUUUGAUUAGUUAAUAAGUAACUGUGUGUCUUAAAUGGGAACCAUAGUGUGUGUCAGGUGAUUCCUACAUUGGGUCUGUGCUGUGGUGAGUGCCCCAACCCCUCGGUGGAUCAGUCAGAGGCAGUGCAGCUCUCCAGUAUCUGCUGAGCGUUUGGAAAAGUUGAAUGGACAGGGGCAGAGUAAGGACUGAGAAAGUGAUUAAAAAAGAGGAAAAGACAAAAGAGGAUUUUGAUCAUACAAGGACAACAUUAUUGGAUUGGAAUUUAUUCUCAACUUUCAAAAUAACCAUGGAACUGUCUCUGGACCCACUCUGCCUGGUGCUUUCCAUCUUAAACAAUCAUAAGUCCCAUCAUGCUUUGGGCUCUCGCUGAAGAGCACUCUACCAUGACUGGUGUGUGAUCGGUGUUAUCACUCUCCCUUCCUCCCCUUUCUGCUCGUCUCUCCCUUCAGGGUCACCCGGCUCUCAAAGCCUUUAUGUGUGGCUCUCUCAGUGGAACAUGCUCCACCCUGCUCUUCCAGCCUCUGGACCUGGUCAAGACCCGCCUGCAGACCCUUCACAGCAACAUGCAGCCUGGUUCAGCAAGAGUGGGGAUGGUGACUGUGUUCUUAAGUGUUGUACGGACAGAGAAGCUCAUAGGACUUUGGAAAGGGGUCUCACCAUCGUUUGUGAGGACCAUCCCCGGCGUAGGGAUCUACUUCAGCACCUACUACUCUCUGAAGCAGCACUACUUCCUGGAGCAGGGCCCCGGGGCCAUGGAGUCUGUGCUGCUGGGAGCUGGGGCCAGGACUGUGGCAGGGGUCUGCAUGCUACCUGUCACUGUCCUUAAGACUCGCUUUGAGAGUGGCAGGUAUAACUACGUGAGCGUGGCGGGGGCUUUGCGCAGUGUGUGUCAAACAGAGGGACCCAGAGCUCUGUUCUCAGGGCUGACCGCCACCCUCCUCAGAGAUGCUCCCUUCUCAGGCCUCUAUGUCAUGUUCUACAGCCAGGGCAAGAACACUCUGCCACAGGAGAUAAGCACGUCUCCCUACGCGGCCCUGGCUAACUUCAGCUGUGGGAUUCUGGCCGGGGUCCUGGCUUCCCUGGUCACCCAGCCAGCUGACGUGGUCAAAACCCAUGUCCAAGUCAGCCCACAUCUGUACAGGAGGACUGCAGACGCUGUGCGAUACAUUUACAAUGAGCACGGGUUUCAAGGGUUCUUCCGGGGUGGGGUGCCACGUUCUCUGAGGAGGACCAUGAUUGCUGCCAUGGCAUGGACGGUGUAUGAACAGAUGAUGGCCCGCAUGGGGCUCAAGUCCUGAGGAGGGAUGACAAAAAAGAGGGAUGACAAGAACAAGGGAUGACAAGUCCUGAAGAGAGAGAAUGAAAUGUGGACCGAGGAAGAAAGUGAAAGUCAAGUCACCGAGGACAAACCAGUACAGUGAGGAGUGCCCUGGAAGGCACUGCUGUGUUUGUGUCUUAAGACUGCCUAGUUGUGAGUGUGCCAAUGGACUUCUUCACUGACAUACAGUAUUCUGCCAUAACAUUAUUAACACAUUGCAAAGAUAUGAUACCUCAAGGACUGGUAUCCAUACUUUGACAGAAAGAUGAGGACUAGUAGUUUUAUUAAAAUGUCUGUAUAUUUUAAUGGAUUGCAAUAGUUUUGCAUUGCACAAUAUUGUCUGUCGUCAUUGUAUGUGAGGCUACACCAAACAAGACUUUCAUUUAUUAUUCUACUGGGCUGCUUUCAAAAUUCCAUAUUGCACUAUAAGUCGUAAGAUAUUGUUGGUCCCUAACUAGCCACUGUACUCCCAGCCACACUGACUGUUUAAGCUACUCUAGGCUUUAGAUAUAUAUCCCACUGUAGAAUUCUACAAUGUUAGGUACCUGUUUUCUCUAGACUUUAGCACAACUUGUAUCUGCUUGUCUUUAAAUUGAAGGUAAAGAACACUAAUUGCUUAACAUACUGAUCCUUAGCUGGAAAUGCACUUUAACCACUUCCGUAAUCUAAAACCCUGGAGUGUCUCAUGCCGCAGUGAGUCUGCCUGCCUCCCUUUGUGCCAAACUAAUGCCACUAUUCUAAGUUAUUAUUCUGGUAGAGAUGUUGUAACAUCAUAAGCUUUGCUUGCUGUCCAUUUGAGCUGUACAUUUGAUUUGCCUUAGAAGGAUAUUAUAAUUGUUCAUGUUUUCAUAUUUGAUAUAAUUUAUUACUGUUUAUUGUAAUGGUGAAUAAUUAUGCAGGUGUGUUUUUUUUUUUUUUUUUACAUGUAAAAAAUGUAUUAAAAAAAACAUACAAUUAUAUAAGAAUA